AUGAGAAUCUCAAUUGCUGUAUUCGGCAUCUCUACGCUAGUGAGCGCUGUUCAAGGCGCCUUACUAGGGUUUGAUUAUGGUCAGGAAUUCAGCAAAGCGAUGUUGGUAUCACCACAUGCGCCAUUAGAAUUAGUACUUACUGCAGAUUCUAAGCGUAAAGAUGUCUCAGGAUUGGCUCUCAAGAGUUGGAAGUCAGAUAUAGAGCGAAUUUACGGCAGUGGCGUACAUUCUGCGCAGGUAAAAAACCCCAAGAGUGCGCUUUUGCAUGUAAAAUCGCUGUUAGGUAAAACGAUUGACGAACACUUCAGUUUGUACCACAAGGCCCAUCCAGGCGUUGUAUUUAGUUCAACACAGCGUGAUUCGGUGGCAAUCAAGAGUCUUGAUCACGCAUACCCCGUGGAGGAAAUUCUGGCUAUGAAUCUGGACGAAACUAUCACCAGAGCCAACGCCAUGUUGUUACGAGACAAAUCUGCAAUGGAUACAGUGGACUCUAUCGCAAUUACUGUUCCCGAGUUCUUCACACAAAACCAAAGACUUGCGCUGUCUGCUGCUGCCGAAUUGCCGCGUAACAUCAAAGCUCACUUGGUCAAUGAUGGAAUGACAGUGGCUAUUGACUUUGCACUCAAACAAAGAAAUUUUCCAGCUGGCGAAAAGCACCAUUAUGUUUUCUAUGACAUGGGCAGCGGGUCCACCAGAGCCUCUUUGAUUUCUAUUGAGCAGCCGAAGAAUUUAUCCGAACCUUUGAUUGUCGAAUUCAAUGGAUAUGGCUACGACAACGGUUUGGGUGGCACUCAAUUCACUCAGAACAUAGCUGAGCUCAUAAAAAACAAAUUUCUAGAGCAACAUCAAGGAAUUAGGACUGAGACUUUGGAGAUGGACGCCCGAGCUUUGGUCAGGAUUCACCAAGCGGCAGAAAAGGCCAAGUUGAUUUUGAGUGCGAACGCGGACGCCUCUGUUAAUAUCGAGUCUUUGCAUGCUGAUGUUGAUUUUAAGGCCACUAUCACCAGACAGGAGUUUGAGGACUUUUCAGAAGAUCUAACCAGCAGGAUUACUUUACCCAUCCUAAAUGCUCUUGACAACCAGUUUUUCUCAACACAAAUAAGUUUGAAGGACAUUAAGUCCUUAAUUCUCACUGGUGGUUCUACUAGGACGCCUAUGGUGCAAAGACAGCUCGCUGACUAUUUCGGCGACGAGCUCAUUGCUAAAAAUGUCAAUGCCGACGAGUCCUCCGUUAACGGAGUUACCAUAAGAGGUAUCCAGCUUUUCAAAUCUUUUCAAACAAAAGCUCUUAACGUUGUUGAUCGCUCCAUUUUCAGCUACAGCGCUGCUUUUAACGACAGCGGUUUACCUGUUGAACUUUUUGAACGUGGAUCGGAAUAUCCAAACAGAACAUCCUACUUGAUCUCGCCUCAAAUGAAUGUUAGCAGCUUUUCAAUUGACUUGCAAGAAAAUGGUGAGAUAUUCAAAAGUCAUCUAGUUGAUACAGAGCCUAUCGCUCAAAAAUUUUCAGAGGAAGCAUGCCCUUACGGAAUCGCUUACAAUGCUACAUUUUCCCUUUCGCAAGAUAGAUUGUUCGACCUUGACAUUGUUGAGGCCAUUUGCGUGCAAAAUUCGAAGUCUGCCUCAGGACUGAUCCAGAAACUCUUUGCAGGGUCAAAUCCUGAGGAAAACAAUUAUGUGACUGAAGACGAUAAAUCGAAGGAUAAAACGAAUGAUAAAAUCAAAAGGCUCAAAACUAAAGAAGUAUAUUCUCAAUUAAAGCCCAUCACGCCUGUUGAGAGAUUGGUUCUGAAAGAUCACAUGGAGGACAUGAACGAACGAGAUGCCAAGCGCUUGGAGAUUCAAGAAAAAAUAAAUGCGCUGGAGAGCACUCUCUAUGAAACGAGAAGUUAUUUAGAGGAGGAAGACGUUAUUUCCAAUGGCCCUCAGCAAGAAGUUGAAGCUUUGAACGAGUUGGUAAAUGCUUACUUAGAAUGGCUCGAUUACGAGUCCGAUGACGCUUCUAUCAAAGAUUUGACGGAAAGGUCUAGAAAGGUAUCAUCGUUGAAGGAAAGAAUUGAGCUUUAUGUGGAUUCUGUAGAUGAGCCACUAAAUUUGAGUCAAUUCUCGCAGUUUUACGCCAACGGGACUGAUUUGAUAAGACAGUUGGAGGAAUACAGAUCGACGGAAAACACGACUUUAGAGGCAUUGCGUGAAAGCUUUGCGGAAGUCGACUUAGACGUUGUGAAAGAGUUCAAGAAGCUAAAGGCUCCACGUCACUUGUCCCUGCCCGGCUAUAAAAUUAAGGAUGCCGUGAGGGAUAUGGAAAACGCGCUCGGCGAUGUCAAUAAAAUACUGAACGACGAUACUUUUAGCGCAGCGACCCGCGAAAACUUAUUUGCCCUCAAAUUACAAUUCGAUUCCUGCUUCACAGAACUCAACAGAUGCUUGGAACUGGAGCAAAGCAUUCAAAAGUUCAAGCUUAAUGAACUGGUAUCACUUUUUAGCAGGCGCCAAAGGGUAAUUAAAAAACGGGAAGAGCGCAGAAAGAAUCAAGAAUCAAGCAUACUCGAAAAAGACUCAAAUUCUACACUCACACAUAGCUCUCAAGAGUCUUCAACGACAACACCACUUGAACACGAUGAACUGUAA